UCGACGCGCGCGCCCGUCGGCCUCUAGUUGAUGUCGAGAGCGUCGCUGGACGCGCGCGCGCGUAUCUCUCCUCGCCCGUCGGUCGGUGGAGUAUUUUUUGUUUCUUUCGAAGCGCUCCUCGCUCGUUCAUCGCAAGCCGUGCAACAAGGAUUAUCGUGAAGUCGUGCGACGGGAGCACGCCUGCGGCGUACGGGACUGCAGAGAAGAAGACCUUCGUUGCGCUAAUAAGUGAUGAUGAUGCCUCCGGCAAUGCGUGCGUUCGUUCUGCUCUUGCUGGUGUUCUUGUCCGGUGCGGUCGGAGUUGCGGUCGCUGCUAGACGUCGCGGCGGCGGCGGUAAGCCGCCCAUCGUCGAGGAGGCCACACGGAGGAAGCUCAACAGACAAACACGUUCACCGCAAAAAGAGGGUCGUGGCCCGGGUCCGCUGCGAGAACAUCAAGAACGACUGCCCCAAGCCGACAUGCGAUGACCCGGUGCUCCUUCCCGAGAGAUGCUGCAAGACCUGCCCGGGAGAGGACUAUGCAGACCUUGAAGAGGGCUUGGCCUUGCGCAAGCUGGAACUGGACGAUGAGGACCGGAACUCCAAAGAGUUCAGUGCACUACUCACUGGUCGUGGUUCGUAUCCCACUGCGGCCACGACUGUUGCGGCCGUCGGGUACCUGACCUACAUAAAGAAGGACCUCCACAUCGGUGUCUACCACAACAGCCCAACUCCCGUCACGAGCAUCGUCAUCACGAACGAAGAGGGCUACAUCGUCCAGGAACACGAAGUGGCCAACAAAAACACACUGUCGGCCGACAACAGCACUCAGGUUUGCGCUGUGUGGACCAAGAUACCGAAGGUGUACCGGCGGCUUCUUCAGAAGGAGAAGCUCCACAUGGCUCUGGUCACCAACGGACAUCCCAACGGACUGGUGGCAGGCCGCAUUGUGCAGUCUACUAGGCUCGAACCAGAGGUGUUCAGCUCCCUCAUGGUUCCCGAACCUGGAGUGAAGGAGACGCUGGGAAGCGGAGGCGUCGCCGCUAUUUCACCGUCCAGGACGGAUAUCCACGUCACGGUCAUGUUCAACGGAACAUUCUCUCCGACAGACGCCAGAGACGUGGUCGUCAAGCUAAGCCUCUUAGCUGGCAAGCCCACUGAGCCGACCGUGGUGGCCAGUUCUGAAAUAACGCUGCCGAAAAUCCACUUCUCGCUUAACACGGCCAGCGUGAAGCUGACCCUGGCUCCGGAGCAGCAGCCGCUGCUGGUUGCCGGCAAACUGAGCAUGCGCCUGACGUCACCCGACGGAAGGCGUCACAUCGAAGGACCCGUGAUCGUGAGGCCGACCUGCAACAUUUUUCAAGCUGUUCUGACAGCGGAGACGUCGAACUCCGGCUUCGCAGUGCUCAACGUCAACCAUGACGGAUCAAUAUCAUAUCAGGCGUACGCCUCCGGGAUGAACAGCGCGCCCAUGGUGGUCGUCCUGGAAACGGACAGCCCGGCGGACAACGAGGUCAGAACCAUGGCUGCAUCGUACAACCCGCCGUUCGCGUACCACUGGACGAAUGGCACAUUCACCCGCGUGACUAGCCAGGUGCUCGAGAUGUUGCUGACGGACGACUUGACCUUCAAGGUGCUUUCCGAAGGUCAGAGUGAACUGCGUGGCCGAGUGAAGCAGCGACUCUACUCGGACGCCUUUCUCAGUGAGGCCCCUGUGCUGCUUAUGUCUGAGGGUAACAGUUCGGCGGCGGGUCAAGCGUGGCUGUCGGUGGACAAGUCGUGCAGGCUUCACUACUCAGUCUUCGUCUCGGGACUCGAGCCUAGCGAAAGACAUCUCCUCGAGCUCCUCGAGAUCACACCAGCUUACAACGUGAUGCAAAGCGCACGCAGCGUCCAGAGGGUUCUACAAAGGAUCACCGGAGACGAGCUGGAAGACACCCUUGAAGAACCAAGCACGGCGACUCUGCACCGACUCAGCGGCGGCUCUUCGUACUUACUGGUCACCUCGAAGUCGGGAAAGUUCAAGCAGGUCGAGCUGCGAGGACACAUCAGAGAUAUUCAAAUUCCCGACAACUGCCUUCCUGGGAUCACCAAGAGCGUUCCCAGGGCGGGUCCGGCAACGGUGUUACCCGGCUAUUCAAGUGACGCUGGAGGCGGCGGUGAAAACAACGAGAUAUACCGAAUCGAGUCCAACCACAAGUGCUACUACGACGGCGAGGUGUUCGACGACGGGGCCCAGUGGAUGGCGCGACACGAGGCUUGCGUCAUGUGCUCCUGCCAGCGGAUCAAACAGCAGUUCAGUGGCUGA